CUCCAGAGGCAGUUUCUUAGAAAAUGCUGGCAGAAGUUCUGGAAGUGCUGGAAACCUCGAGGGCUCUGUGCCAGCAUCUGUGCCACCAUCAAGUACUGGGGUGAGGAAAAUGUGGCAUGGGGAGGUCACGCUGGAGGAGCGCCAUCGAAUAGUUCACAGAUUUGCGGAAAACAUCUCUCCAGGUAAUGAUUCAACAGCAGCGAGGGAGAAACUGGCAGCUUAUACCAAGCAAAUAGAAGAGGAUAUGUUUGAACUGGCUAACAGUAAGAUGGAGUAUCACCAAUUAAUGGCUGAGAAACUUGAUGCAAUUCAAAAGAAUCUGGACCAAAGUUUAAGGUCUUCUUUAUCUAACCAAGGCAUCUCAAGUAAUGACUUACAGGCCUCUCGGACUCAUCCUGGUGCCAUUCCUCCAGUGGCGGUAACCACAGGACAAGCACAGCCAUUGAUACUGCCUAGAGGCAGUCAAUGGAACCCUACAUCCACCAGCAGCGUCCAAACUCCUCAGCCACCAAUAGCAUCUUGUGCACCUUUUUCAGUGAACCAUCCAGUCCAGAUGAACAACAUAGACUCAGUUUCAGUGGGACAAGUUUUUGGUGCUGCUCUUCCUAGCUCAGUGAAUACACUUCGACCACAAAAAAGCCAGUUACCCUGUACUCCAGUUAAACAGCCACCCAUUCAUUAUUCUGUGCCUUCUCCAUCCACUGUGGUUGGCUUGCCACCUGCCCAGUGCCAGUUCCCAUUGGGAAUGAGUCCUUUGCCGCCCCCAGCACCUGCACUGCUGUCCAUACCUGCCUCUUUGUCAGAACUCCAUCCUACUCCAGUUGCUGGUGCAGUUCCAGAUGCUCUGCAGGUGCAAAGCACAUCUUGGGGACAAACAUCAAAUGGGAGCACAGUCUCCAGUCCCAAUAGAGCCUCUGAUCCCAGGAUGGUCCCCACCUCUGCUGACCUCACAACAGCACCCCCUUGCAGCUCAGGAUCCUGGCCGCCUGCUGGAAAGAGGCCUUUUUCGGGGGUUGAGGUAGCAGAAGAAACAACUAUAGCCCUCCAGAUACCAGAGGCGACAAACCUCAAUAGAUCCAAAACACAGGACCCACAACAGCCAGAAGAAGCCAUGUGUGCAAAGAGUUCUGAGGACAGUCUUGCUGACUGUGAACCGACUAUGACAGAAACAGAACCUCCACAUAAAAAACAGAAAAUGGACCCUGUUGAGAGGACCCAAGUGGCUACUCUUGCUCAGGAACUGUAUGCUGCUCAUCAAAAGUAUGUAAAAUAUGUUACUGUUACUAUAACCCAAAAUACGGAGAAAGUUGGUGAUCUGAUGGGCAGGUUAUAUGGGCCCCCAAACCAGGCCAAUGCCUUAAAAGAUACAGAAGAUGCAAAAGCCCUGACUUUUACCUUGAAAAAAGCAUUGGCACUUUUAAAAUGCUUCUUGGAGGAUUCUUGAGGUAGAUCUUUGCUUUGAGAGGGUUUUGGAAUAGGGCCAUGGAUUUAACAAAGAAAACAAGGGGGUGAAAAUGUUCAACCCCGUUCUGCCAUGCAGGAAUACACAAUCAAAGAACUCCCAACAGAUGGCCAUCCGGCCUCUGUUUAAAAACCUCCAAAGGAAGAGACUUCACACACUCUAAGCUAGCAUUUUUUAUUGUUGAACAGCUCUCAUUGCCUGGAGGUUCUUCCUAAUGUUGAGGUGUAAUCUCUUUUUUUGUUAUUUUUCUAUUGAAUCUAUUGCCCCAUGUCCUAGUCUGUGUAGCAGGAGAAAAGAAGCUUGCUGCACCCUCAAUCGGACAUCCCUUCAAAUAUUUAAGCAGGGCUAUCAUAUCACCUGUUAACCUUCUGUUCCCCAGGCCAAACAUUUUCAGCUCUCUAAGCUCCUCGAGGUUUCCAGACCUUUCACCAUUUUAGUUGCCCUCCUCUGGACAUGCUCCAUCUUGUCAGUAUCCCUCUUGAAUUGUGGUGCUCAGAGCUGGAUGCAGUAUUCCAGGUGAGACUAGGGUUGCC